UCUUCAUGUAUGUAAACAAGUCGACUGGAGCGUAAGCAUGUUUGUUAAAAUCAUUUGCGGUUAUAUUAAAUGCAGACACAUUUCUUAUGUGAUACCUUUUCGACAAAUUUGUGUUUCAUAUCGGACGUUUAGUAAGAAAAGUGAAACUGAAAAAGAAUCUCCUGCGACGAUAGACAUUCUUGAUGAAUUAAAAGAAGAAGAACUAAGCGAAGAGGAAAUUCAAAGAAAGCGUUUUAAAUCGCGUUUACCUGAGAGAGUAUAUAGAAUUUUCGUGCAGAAAGAAGCAGUGCCUAUUGAAGCUAAAUAUGAUUUUCAAAUGAAACGUUUGCGAUCCUAUUACGCACGGCAUGGAAAAGAUAGUAAAUUAAAUCCAGGUAUUUGUUGGCCAACUAGAGAGGAAAUUUUAGAAACGAUAAAAUAUGACAAAAUAUUUGAGCCACCACUUCAAGACCGAAUGAAAAACGUUGAAGCUGCUCGAGCAGCAGAAGAAAAGCGGAAGAAAGAAGUCGAAGCUGAAGUUGAUCGAAACAUGGCUAAUUUGGAUAAAUGGAUGGCUGAAUAUUAUGCAAAGAUAGAGAAAAAGGAAAAGCAAGCAAUUGAGUUAAAGCAAAAGCGAGAACAGCAGAUUGAUGCGGUAAGUGAAUAUCUAGGUUAUGAAAUUAGUCCUAAGGAUCCAAGGUUUCAAGAAGCAGUUGAACAAAUGAAAAAAGAUGAGAAGAAAGCUCUUAAAGCAAAGAAACAGAAAGAAAGUUAUGAUAAAAUGAUUGCAAAAUUGAAAGAGAUGGCUGAAUCGAAAUGAUUUUAUCACAAACAAGUUUUAAUGUAUAAACAUUUUAUGUCCAAAAAUUAUGAAAAGUAUUAAUGAUUAAUAAGUUCAUUGUUGUGUUAAAAACAUGCUUAUGUGAUCAAAGUUUGACAAAACAUUUGUUCACGAAUCUGUAUAAAACAAUGUAAUUCUUUUAAUAUAUUACUAUAAAAGUCACUUGCUUGGACAAAUA